AUGUUUGGAACCCGACUUCCAACUGUAGUAGUUGGUUCAUACACUUACUUGAUACCCACAAUCUCAAUUAUUCGGAACGGCAGAUAUAGUUCAUAUUCAGAUCCGAUUGAGAGGUUCACUCAAACAAUUCGAGGAAUACAAGGUGCCUUGAUCAUAAGUGCAUGCUUCCAGAUGAUCAUGGGGUUCAUGGGCUUUUGGAGAAAUACUGUCAGGUUCUUGAGCCCACUUUCUGUUGUUCCUUAUGUAACGUUCACUGGACUUGGUCUAUAUAGUCUUGGUUUUCCAAUGCUGGCAAAAUGCAUUGAAAUUGGGCUUCCAGCGCUGAUUGUUAUGGUUUUCAUCUCACAGUAUCUUAAUCGUUACUUGGCUAUUGAGAGGCCUAUAUGUGAUAGAUUUGCGGUCUUGUUUUCGGCUGCAAGUGUAUGGUUAUAUGCACAGCUUCUAACUUCAAGCACUGUGUAUAAUAACAAGCCUGAAGCUAGGCAGACUAGUUGCCGCACUGAUCGUGCUGGUAUUAUUACUGCAGCUCCAUGGAUAUAUAUUCCUUACCCCUUCCAAUGGGGAAGCCCUACUUUCAAUGCGGGGGAAGCUUUUGCAAUGAUGGCUGCAUCAUUUGUUUCUCUUUUUGAGUCAACCGGUACCUUCUAUGCUGCAGCAAGAUAUGGAAGUGCCACCCCGGUGCCGCCUUCUGUUAUUGGUCGUGGAGCAGGAUGGAUGGGAGUGAGUGUUUUGCUCAAUGGAAUGUUUGGUUCUGUAACCGGGAGUACGGCAUCAGUGGAAAAUGCUGGUUUAUUAGCUCUGACUAGGGUGGGGAGUCGAAGAGUCAUUCAAAUAUCUGCUGGCUUUAUGAUUUUGUUUUCUGUAUUUGGUAAAUUUGGAGCAGUUUUUGCAUCUAUACCUCUGCCAAUCAUGGCUGCAUUUUACUGUGUAUUGUUUGGUUAUGCCUCUUCUGCUGGUCUUGGUUUUCUUCAGUUCUGUAAUCUGAACAGUUUCCGAACCAAAUUCAUAUUGGGAUUGUCAUUGUUCCUGGGAAUCUCCAUACCGCAAUAUUUCCGGGAGUAUUAUCAUGGAAAGCAUGAACAAGCAGAUUCCAGAUGGUUGAAUGAUAUAGUGAUGGUGAUCUUCAUGUCCCAUUCAACUGUGGCUGCCAUGGUUGGUUUCAUUCUGGACAUCACACUUUCCCGGGAAAAUGAUGCAGCCCGGAAAGACAGUGGCUUGCAGUGGUGGGAGAAGUUCAGCUUAUAUAAUGCUGAUGUUAGGAAUAAUGAGUUCUAUGCUCUACCAUGCAGACUUGAUGAGCUCUUUCCAGCGGUUUGAAUUUCAUCACUCUGGUUCUUGGUAGUCAUCAAAUUAAUU